AUGGGGCCUGUGCUGUCCCGGAGUUCGUACAUCGACGACAUCAUCUACGGAACUCCGUCCUGGGAUGACCUGUGCAAAACGCUGAAUGCCCUCCUGUACCGACUGCGGUACUGGAACAUUUCAGUGAGCCUCCCGACGAGUGAAUUCGGAGUCAAGAAGUGCAAGUACCUCGGGCAGGACAUCAGCUCGGACGGAAUCCGGACAUCCCCGAAACUGGCGGAAAAGGUCCUCAACUUGCCGUUCCCGAAGACCCAGAAGGGGGUACAGUCCUUCCUCGGGAGCCUCAACUACUAUGCUAAGUUCAUCGAGGACCUACCCGUGCUCGCGGCCACUCUAUACGAAACAUCGGACGAACAACUCCGUUCCGGGCGAGAUUUGGAGAAACCUAGGCAUGCGUUCAAGAUACUCAAGGACCGACUAGUGUCAACACCACUAUUCCAGCACCCCGGCCCCGGGAAGCAGUACGUAAUCAUAUUGCACGCCAACCCCGGGGCUAUCAGCGCGGUUCUGAGGCAAAUCUACGACGGCACCAUACUACCCGUGCGGUUCGUGGGACGAGUUCUCCAAGAUGCCGAACUGAGGUACCAUCCCGCCGAGAAAGAAGUACUAGCGCUGCUCCGAGUCCUGAACACAUGCCACACUAUGAUUACGAGCUGUUCCGAGAAGAAAAUUCGCGUGUACACCAGGUACUCGUUGUUCAAGUCCAAGACGGUAGAUGGGAGGUGCCUCAAGUGGGCGGUCAACCUAUCUCCCUGGGACCUGGACAUCCGGCGAGUCGAGAACGAUGAAGAUGGCCUGUCAGCGAUCCUGGGAGCGGGCAUCACUCCCCGGGAACGUCUCGACGAAGUCGCCGAAACCCUAGUUCCGGACAAGGGUUCCCGGAUCAAGACACCCCCAGUCAGCCUAGAAAUGCUCUCUAGUGACCACAUCGGACAUCUGCUGAGCUUUGACGGAGCUGCCAAGAGAGAUGGGUCCGGAGGCGCCGCAUGCAUCCUCUGGAGUCUCCUGAGUUGGGAGGUCGUGGCGGCCACGGGACACUUCCCGGAGAAGGCUACCGUGAACAAAGCCGAUUAUUCCGGAUUAGUCAAAGGCAUGCAACUUGCUUUAAACGUGGGGAUCCAGGAACUGGUAGUAGUUGGGGACUCCCGGUUAGCAAUACAGCAGCUCCAGGGGUUAUCGGUUGUACCCAACCCCACCUGUUGA